AGAUUUCUCAAAGGGGAAAGGCAGUUGCGUAGGAAGAAAGAGGAGAGUCCUGCGCCAAGUUGGAUAAAGUGAGUUUCCCUUUGCAUAGUACCUGGCAGCUGCCUCCGGCUAUGCUCAAGCGUUUGCUUCGCCACACAGCCAUGCUAAAAUACAAAUGCAGAUGAAGAAACUGAUGGGAAUAUGGAUUCUCCUCCAAAUAAGCUUCCUUUAUGGAUGACCAACGAGAGUGAAGUGGAUGUGGCGGAUGAUAAAAAGAGGAAUCCAGUCCAUCGGAGCAUCCUGGAGGACAACCUUCCUUUCCUAGAAUUCCAUGGUUCCAUUGUCUACAGCUGUCAUGCCAGUGAUUGCUCUUUACUUUGUGAAGAUAUUAUUACAACCUUGCCUGAUGGAGCUGUCCUGGGAUUUGACAUCGAAUGGACCCCGUCCUAUACCAAAGGGAAGGAGGGGAAAGUUUCUUUAAUCCAACUGUGCGAAUCUGAGAAAAAAUGCUUCCUGUUUCACAUCUCAACCAUGUCAAGCUUUCCUCUGGGACUGAAAAGGCUGCUUGAAGAUAAAAGUAUUAAAAAAACUGGUGUUGGCAUUGAAGGAGAUAAAUGGAAGCUGAUGCGUGAUUUUGAAAUCCGAUUAGAAAGCACUGUUGAGUUGGCUGACCUAGCAAAUGAGAAGCUAAAAUGUAAGGAAAUCUGGAGCCUGAACAACCUUGUUAAACAUCUAUUCCACAAACAGCUUCUGAAAGACAAUUUGAUCCGCUGUGGUAAUUGGGAACAAUUUCCGCUCACGGAGGAACAGAGGCUGUAUGCAGCUACUGAUGCUUAUGCUGGCUUCCUCAUUUUUCAAAAAAUGGCAAGUAUGAAAAGUCUUAAGCAGAUGCGGCUUGUUCUUGAAGGAGAUGAGAUACUUGUGCAGAAUGACAUAAAGAAGAAAUUAACCUCUUUAUCAGAAGAGAUGAUGCAUUUGGCUCAUCAGGUUCCAGACUCUUUUGGACAACCUAUCAAUGUUCAAAGAGCUGCAGAAAAUUUGACCAGUAUAUCAGAAAGCAUUGAGGACUUAAGGCAAGUGUUUGCUGUUGAGUCCAGUUGCCGAACAGAAUUGAGAAACAUUGCAGAAUCAGGAACAACAUGUGAAGAAAGAAAAAUGGAAGCCACUGGAUUGGAUUCAAAGGCUAUAUGCAAUGUCAGUGACUCUACAGAUCAUAAACUAUCUGGUGUCCAAAAAGAAACCUGGACAGAAAGAGAUCUUAAUAUGGAUAAACAAGUGGACUUUGCUUCUGUUAGAAACCCGAAAGAAACUGCAGAAAGAAACUGCCUAAUGUCACUGGACAUAACGGAGUAUGAACUUCAGAUGCUGGAGCGUCAGGCCCAAGAAGAGCUGCUAAAUGAAACAGCUUAUACAUCGGAGGAUUUAAGCUUCAUAGAGGAGGAAGAUCAUUCUUCUUGCACCAUUGAAAGUGAUGAUGAAUUGGAGAUGGAGAUGGUGAAAUCAUUAGAAGGUGUGGACAAACACCAUGCAGACUCCCAGCUGGGUAAAACAAGGAGACCAAGUGAUGCUGUUGUAGAUGAUGAAGAUGAAGGCAUUGAGGAGGAAGAGGAAAGCUGGGAUUCCUCCUUACCUGGACCAAAUGAUAAGCAAAUCAGUUGCCUGAAGACCUAUUUUGGACAUUCAAAUUUUAAACCGGUCCAGUGGAAAGUGAUCUCUUCGGUUUUGCAAGACAGAAGAGAUAACCUCGUUGUUAUGGCAACUGGGUAUGGCAAGAGUUUGUGCUUUCAGUUUCCACCUGUCUACACCGGAGGUACUGGAAUAGUCAUCUCCCCCCUCAUUUCUUUAAUGGAGGACCAGGUACUACAACUCGAGAUGUCAGGAAUUCCAGCUUGCCUUCUUGGGUCAGCGCAGUCCAAAAAUGUUCGAAGGGAAAUCCAAGCGGGUUGCUACAGAGUUGUCUACAUAACACCAGAGUUCUGCUUGGGGAAUUUGUCAUGGCUUCAGGAACUUGAGCAAUCAAUUGGUUUGGCUCUGAUAGCUAUUGAUGAAGCACACUGCAUUUCUGAAUGGGGACACGACUUCAGGAAUUCUUUCAGGUCUUUGGGCUCCUUAAAGAAAACUCUUCCCACGGUUCCUAUUGUCGCUCUCACUGCAACCGCAAGCCCUUCUAUUAGAGAGGACAUUGUGCAUUGUCUAAACUUAACGGCUCCUCAGAUAACGUGUACUAGCUUUGAUCGACCGAACCUGUACUUAGAAGUGGGACGAAAAACUGGAAAUAUUAUUCAAGAUUUUCAGCAGUUCCUUAUUAAGAAAGAAAAAUCUGCUUAUGAAUUUGAAGGUCCCACUAUUAUUUACUGCCCUUCAAGGAAGUUAACUGAACAGGUAGCGGCAGAGCUGUCAAAACUGAAGCUUACAUGCUGUACGUACCACGCUGGCAUGGGAAUCAAAGCAAGGCGAGAUGUUCACCAUAGUUUCAUGAGAGAUGAAAUUCAGUGUGUAGUAGCUACUGUAGCCUUUGGAAUGGGCAUCAAUAAACCAGACAUCCGGAAAGUUAUUCAUUAUGGUGCCCCAAAGGAGAUGGAAUCAUACUACCAGGAAAUUGGAAGGGCUGGUCGUGAUGGGCUUCCAGCCUCUUGCAGCGUGUUGUGGACCACAUCUGACAUGGCUCUGAACAGACAUUUACUCAGUGAGAUACGCAGUGAAAGAUUUCGCAUGUACAAGCUCAAGAUGAUGGCCAAGGUCAAUACAUAUCUUAGUUCAACCAGUUGCCGGCGAAAAAUCAUCAUGUCUCAUUUUGAAGACAAACAACUCCGAAAGGCCUCGUCCGGUAUUAUGGGAACAGAAAAAUGUUGCGAUAAUUGCAGAUCCAGGAACAUUAGCUGUAUUUACAGGGUUGACCCAGAAGACAGUUUGCAAGAUUUUGGUCCGCAGGCUUACCUACUGAUGUCUGCAGUAUGUGCCUUAAAUGAGAAAUUUGGCAUGGUAGUUCCAAUCCUGUUCCUUAGAGGAUCUAAUUCCCAACGUCUGCCGGACAGAUAUCGAACCGAUCAUCUUUUUGGGAGUGGGAGGGAUUGGCCAGAGAACUUGUGGAAGGCAUUAGGUCGGCAGCUUAUUUUGGAAGGCUUUCUUCAAGAGGCUUCUGGGCAAAGCAGAUUUUCAACCACGUGUAAACUGACUAAGAAGGGGAAUGACUGGCUUUGUAAAGCUAGAAGCCAAUCAGAGCAAAAGCUUCUCCUUCAACCCAAUGAGGAGCUGUAUGUAACGAAACCUAGCGUCAGCUCUAAACAAAUAUCUUCAGCUGCAGAACAUUUCUCUGACGUAUCUAAGCAGGUGUCAAAAAAGCAGACAUCGUUGCACGAAAUGUUCUCAUAUCGAGAAGGAACUAAACUCUCUAAAGGGCAUUCACUUCCAAAUACAAGUGCUGUAGUGCAGACUCCGGCUAAACCGCUUCUUGUGCCCUUGAACCCUACAGAAUCUGUUAUAUCUCCGAGGGAGAAAGAAUUGCAGACAGUUCUCUAUGGCAAGUUAGUGACCGCCAGGCAAAAACUAGCCAGUGAGAAGGACAUCCCUCCUGCCAUUUUAGCAACAAACAAAGUGCUGGUAAAUUUGACUCUGAUAAGGCCUACAACUUUAGAAAACAUGAAGAGAGUUGAUGGUAUUUCUGAAGCAAAAUCUGCCAUGUUGGUUCCGCUCUUGAGCACAGUUAAGGAGUUCUGUCAAACCAAUAACCUCCAGUCGGACAUCUUCAAGUCUUGUGGAUCCGGGGCUCAGCUGCAAAUUCAGUCGGACAGUGGGUGUGGCCUUUUAACACAAUCAGAACACAUAACAUAUACACUUUUUCAGCAAAAGAAUAUGUCAUUGAGAAAUAUAAGUGAGCAGCGGUCUUUGCCUCUUACGGUGGUUGGCACUCAUUUAUCCCAAGCUCUGAAAGCUGGCUACCCAGUAAAUUUAGAACGUGCAGGUCUGACUCCUGAAAUACGAGAGCUGAUCACGAAAGUCAUCCAAAGUCCUCCCAUCAAUUCAGAUAUAACAAGAAUGAAAGACAUUAGAGCAUUAGUACCUGCAAAGAUUGAACUGUAUCUUAUAAGGAUGACUAUUGCGCUUCUGGAGAAAGGGCACGGGAGUCAGUCACUGAUUUCCCAGAAAGAGACACAAAGGCUACCCCAGGAAUCAGAAUGGCUGCAGUCAACGAUGGGAUCCACACAGAAGAACGAAGAGAAGAUUGUGUGGAUUGAAGCCAAGGGGGAUUCUGUCAAGCCAACAGUACACAAACCUAAUUCUGAGUCCUGUGAAAAUAUAAAGCAAGAUACCUCAUCUACAGAUUCUUCACCUUGGGCAAAGAGCAGCAGUGAAGAGACAUUCCCUAAUGUCAAGCAGGAGGUCCAGAGCCGUCAGAGCUCUAUCAAAUUGGCAUCCUGGAAUCAGCCUUUACUGAAUCCUGAGGAGGAAGACCUCUUUACAGAUUCCCAGUCACAGAUCUUAAGUCAGCCUUCAAAAAGAAAGUUACCAGAAUGGUUUGGAGCUUCGCAGGGGACUGUUCCUCAUGUUAAUACUUCCAAAAAAUCUAAGGGAAGCAAAGGUCUUUUUGGCUGAACUUGAAAAUAUAUGUGUAUUUCAAACCUGGAUUGAAGGCUUUGGAAUUAUUUUGGCUAUUUCAUUUUAGGCAAACUAAAAUGAGUUUUGCAAUGUAUGGAUACUUCAUUUUUAAAAAAUGGAAUACUGAUGGGAAACUGUUUUUUUUUUUUUACACAAAGCAAUAACUGGAUAUAAGUUUUUUAAAAGACCGUUCCUCGUUCUUUAACCUGUUCAUAUAGAAGACUUAUUGUCCAAAACGGGAGCCCAAGCAAUGAAAGCAGAAGAAAAAUAAUUGAUGGCUUAAGCCAGAUUGUCUGUUGCUGCAAAGUUAUUCCUUUCCAUGUAAAUAUGGCAGGGGAACUUUCUGAAUACACUGCCAAUACGAAUGUACAUAGCCAGCCAGUCUUCGUCAUAUACACUACAGGCAUUAGUAGGACUCCUGUAGUAUAAAGUUGGUUAAUUCCCAUGAUAUUUAUGUGAAUCAUUAUUUCUAAAGAUGUUAGUCAAAUGGGAAGGUUUGACUGAACAACCACAUACUGUUAUGGUAGAUAAGCAACCUGUAAUCACUUUUCUUUUAUCACUGUUAAUGUUUUUUCUUUAAUUUCAGUGAAUUUUGGCACUUUCUUAAGAAAUUAAAGUUGUUUACAAUGAAAA